AUGGACGAGCUGCGCUUCCGGGCCCAGCAGUCGCCGCGCAACGAGCCGCCCAUGGCCAGCUUCGUCUCGCCGCCUCGCAAUGGGAAUGGUGCUCGCCUGCCCCAGCAGGCCGCCCACGACCAGCGCGCCAACAUGCCUCGCCGCUUCACCACCGACUCCGGCCGCGUCCCGACCCUCUCGUCCAUGAACUCGAGCAUGAGCUCGCCCCAGCGCGGCACGGGCCUCGACGCCAACCCGGAAUAUAAUCCGACGUUACACAAAGUCCAACUGAUAGAGCAAAAGAAGAUAGAGUACGAGAGGAUCCGAGAGCAGCGCCACCGCUUCGAGCUGGAGAUGCAGCGACUUGACCAGCGGCAACGACGCGAGGCGCUGGAGCUUGCCCAGAUGGAGGAGGAAAUCGGCAGACUGGCCGGCCAUCAGUCCGAGCCGACCACUCCUCCCGAGUAUCGCGACAACUCGGGCUUUCCGUCCAUGUUCUCGAGGCCGAACCGUUAUUCCAUGUCGAGCUUGGCUUCGCCGCCGGGCUUGUUCAACAGACCCGCUCGCUCGGGCUCGCAGUUGACCUCGCCGCCCUCUGGCCUCAUUCAGAACCGCUAUGGGUAUGAAGAGCCGAUGCCCUCUCGCUCUGUUCCCACCACUCGUCGAAACAGCGACGACGAGGAAAAGGAGGAGGCUGUCCGUCAGGACCCGACCAGCCACAGGUCAACCAAUGUCCUGAAUCGCUACUCACUGCCAGUCACGCGAUCGCGAAACGGACCCUACGACAUGAAUCUCGACCAGACCAACACUACGCGCUUCCUGUUCGGCGACGACGAGCCCAGGGCGCUUCAUCGGGGGCAGACGCCCGACGAGCAUUUCCCUACUCUUGUGCGGCGGGAAGAUCAGAUGAGCCUCUCGUCCAUCAACGGUGCGUCUUCGGCCCAGGCUGGGGACCUUGCCAGCAUCGGCAGCCGACCGAACUCGCUCCGCCACUCGCUUGAUCUUAAGUACAUCUCGGAGAACGCGACCGAGCCGUCUGGUGGCAUCAUGAAUCCGUCUGGCAAUCACAACAUGAACACGACGCCGCCCAGACUGCAGAGCUCCUUCUCUGCCAACGACGUGCCUACGGUUAAGAACCAGUCCGGCGCUGCGAUGAUGGGAGGCAACGCAAACAACCACGCUCAGCAGCACUUUCACAACCACAACGCUAGCAUCGGCCGCAUCCCCGCUGGCGCUGUGCCAACGCGCGGUCAUAACCGAGAGCUCUCGAGCGACAGCAACGUCAACAGUGGCCGAGAGCAGGCCGCCGGCUUUCCGUCUAUCCAGUCCGCACUUCACGCCAGCGCGCCGCCCUUUGGCCCCAGCAUGACGUCGGCAGCGCCAAUGUCGAGCGCCUCGACCAUCUCGUCGCCCACCAGCGCGGCCCCUGCAGGCCAGUUCCACGGCUUCUUCCCCACCAAUGGAUAUGCUCCAGCUGGUGCCAACGGCGCGGGAAACUUCGGCAUUCCGAUGCUUGCGGCGCAGAUGCAGCAGAUGAACAUGAACGGCGUCAACAACGGAAACACGGUGUACCCCCCUCAGAACUACACCGGCUAUGGCUCGAUGCCGUACAACCCGGCCGGUCAACGUGACAGCCAGGCUCGUGUGAUUCAGCACCGCCGCCAGCUGGAUAAUGAAGCCAUGUCGCGCUACCACAACAUGCCUCUGGACUCUUUCCGUGGCCAAAUCUACGAUCUGUGCAAGGACCAGCACGGCUGCCGCUAUCUUCAGAAGAAGCUCGAGGAACGCAAUCCGAGCCAGGUCACCAUGAUCUGGGAGGAGACAAACCAGCACGUCAUCGAGCUCAUGAUGGACCCGUUUGGUAAUUAUUUGUGCCAAAAGCUCCUCGAGUUUUGCAAUGACGACGAGCGGACUGUUUUGAUCCAGAACGCGUCGCAGGACAUGGUCCGCAUCGCCCUGAACCAGCAUGGAACCAGGGCUCUACAGAAGAUGAUCGAGUUCGUCAACACUGGACAGCAGGUCCGACUCAUCAUCGAGGCGCUGCGCUUCCGAGUUGUUGAGCUCAUCCAAGACCUCAACGGCAACCACGUUAUCCAGAAGUGUCUGAACAAGCUCACUUCGGCCGAUGCCCAGUUCAUCUUCGAUGCAGUUGGCAACAACUGCGUCGAUGUGGGCACGCAUCGACAUGGAUGCUGCGUGCUCCAGCGUUGCAUCGACCACGCCUCCGGCCACCAGAAGUCGUGGUUGGUUGACCGCAUCACGGGCCACGCUCGUGUUCUCGUGCAGGACCCCUUCGGCAACUACGUCGUCCAGUACAUCAUCGAUCUCAAUGAGCCGAGCUUCACGGACCCCGUCGUCCAGUCGUUCAAGGGCUGCGUCGGAUCGCUGUCUCGUCACAAGUUUAGCUCCAAUGUGAUCGAAAAGUGUCUCCGAUGCGCCGGACCCGAGUCCAAAGACAUGAUUGUCGACGAGCUGCUUGCUCCCCAGGAGAUCGACCGCAAUUUGCGAGACUCCUUCGGCAAUUACGUCGUUCAGACAGCUCUGGAAUUCGCCACUCCUCCUCAGAAGUACCGCCUGGUCGAGGCCAUCCGCCCUCUCCUCCCGCAGAUCCGCAAUACUCCGUACGGGCGCCGCAUCCAGGCCAAGAUCGCCAUGUACGACAACCGUGGAAGCGCGGCUUCCAGCGGCCAGGCUACCCCUGCCGACAACACCCAGGGCCAGAUACCCAUCCGGCCUAGCCAUGCUCGUGGCAUGUCUGGAAACGCCCCCAUGCUGGCGAGCAAUGGCCUCGCAACCAACGGCGGUGGCUUGCAGGGAUUGGGCACGCAGGGGAUGCGCCAGAAUGGCCCCAUUCAUCCUGGCAACGCUGCCUUGGGCGCUCCCGGCGCAACGACGUCUGGACCGGCGCAGUACCAGCCCUCUCAGCAGCAGCAUAAUGGUCAGCAGCCGGUUGCUCGGCAAGACCAAGCGCAGCAGGGCCAUAUGCAGCCUGGCCCCACCCAGCAGACCCAGUUCAACCAGAUGCUGCCGGCCGAGUACCCGCCGAACAACUCCUCGACGGAUACCAGCGAGGCACGCUGGGUGUAA